UCACAAUAUUCACUUUUUAUUUUCCUAUUUCAUCUGUGGGAAUGGCGAUUGACGAUUUGGGUGUCAAGAGAUUUUAGAAAAUCUUGUGCGAGUAAUUGCGUUGCAUUAUCAGCUUGGUGUAAUUAUAACUUGAGCUUUAGAUUUUAUUAAAUAAUUUGUUGUCGAUUUUAUUUAACAUCGAUGAUCAGUGCGAAUUGAUUACAAGUGGUGACCUGGGCCACUAAAUCAAGAAGAUGGCGGAAGUGGAUCCAGAAACCCUUUUAGAAUGGCUGCUGACUGGGCAGGGUGAUGAGCGUGACAUGCAACUCAUUGCUCUUGAACAGCUAUGCAUGCUGCUUCUCAUGUCCGACAACGUAGACCGAUGCUUUGAAAGCUGUCCUCCUCGAACAUUUCUCCCAGCAUUAUGUAAAAUCUUCUUAGAUGAAUGUGCACCUGACAAUGUAUUGGAAGUGACAGCCAGAGCUAUUACAUACUAUCUGGAUGUUUCUGCGGAAUGCACAAGAAGAAUUGUAGCUAUUGAGGGAGCAGUCAAAGCUAUUUGCAGCAGAUUGCUCACCGUUGAUCCCAACAACCGUACCAGCAAGGAUCUCGCAGAACAGUGCAUUAAAGUGUUGGAGUUAGUUUGCACUAGGGAGGCUGGUGCCGUUUGGGAAGGUGGUGGCCUGCCUGCAGUGUUACACUUCAUUACGCAUCAUGGUACAUCUGUGCACAAGGACACUCUCCACUCAGCUAUGGCAGUAGUAUCAAGGGUUUGUGGCAAAAUGGAACCAGGUGACGCUCGCGUGGGUGACGCAGUUUCGUCUCUAUCAGCACUUCUACGUCACAAUGACGCGCGGGUCGCAGACGCAGCACUGCGCUGUUUCGCAUCGCUAGCUGACAGAUUUGCGCGUGCGCACGCUGACCCGGCUCCUCUCGCUGAACAUGGUUUAAUAGAGGAAUUAGUGCGCCGCCUGGGCAGUGCCGAGAGUGGCGAUGAUAAAUGUUCAGCUCCAGCUGUGUCUACUACUGUUAGCUUAUUAUCUACAUUGUGCCGUGGUUCUGCACAAAUUACUCAUGAUCUCGUCCGUUUGGAGUUGUGCUCAGCUGUGGAGGCGGCAGUACAGGCUGAUGAGCGUUGGUGUCUGGAAUGUAUGCGGCUAGUGGACUUACUGCUUGUUCUCUUAUGUGAAGGACGACAUGCUAUACAGAAUGGGUCGAACCGUAACGGUAGUUCGACGUCGGGGUCGAGUGCGUCGGGCGGAGCCAGCGGCGAGGGCUCGUCGGGCGGCGGCAGCGGCGCGCGCGGGGACAAGUCGCACCGACAGCUCAUCGACUGCAUCCGCGGCAAGGACACCGACGCCUUACUGGCCGCCGUCUCCAGCGGCGCAGUCGAUGUCAACUUCACUGACGACGUCGGACAAACCCUACUCAACUGGGCCUCGGCCUUCGGCACAAGGGAAAUGGUUGAAUUCUUAUGCGAGAAAGGUGCUGACGUGAAUCGUGGUCAACGUAGUUCAUCUUUACAUUACGCAGCUUGCUUCGGUCGUCCAGCUAUUGCUAAAGUGCUACUUCGUUAUGGUGCAAAUGCAGACCUACGCGAUGAAGAUGGAAAAACACCUCUUGACAAGGCCCGGGAAAGACAUGACCAAGGUCAUAGAGAAGUGGCAGCGAUCCUGCAGUGUCCCGGAGAGUGGUUGGUAGUCGGUAAUCACGAUUCGCCUUCACCGACCAAUGAUGACGAUUUCCCUGAAACUGGCGACAAGGAAAUGGCAGCAGUAUACCUCGAACGCCUGGUGCCGGUGUUCUCUGCGCGCUACCUGGGCGCGGGCAGCGCGGGCGUGCGGCGCGCGUGCCUGUCGCUGGUGCGCAAGAUGGUGCACUACGCGCCGGCGCGGCUGCUGCGCGCGCUGUCGCUGCGGCGCGAGCCGGCCGCGGCCGCGCUGCUGACGCAGCUGGUGGCGGCCGUGCUGGACGACGACGACGACGGCCAUCUCAUAGUUCUCGGUAUAGCCGAGGAGUUGAUGGUGAAGGCUUCGGACAUAUAUUUAGAACAGUUCGCGCGCCUCGGCGUCUUUAGUAAAGUGGAGAGUCUCGCUGCCGCUCCGGCCGCUUUCUUGUCGUCGGAUAGCGAAAGUUCCAAUAAUCCUGGGAGCAGCGAGGACGCGUCGUGCCUGGCGAGCGGCGUGGGCUACUCGUGGGCGGAGUGGGCGCUGUGCCGCGGCCGCGACGCGCUCUACGUCUGGAGCGACGCGGCCGCGCUGGAGCUCAGCACGGGCAGCAACGGCUGGUUCCGCUUCCUGCUGGACGGCAAGCUGGCCACCAUGUACUCCAGUGGCAGCCCCGAGCAUCAGACUGACAACACCGAAAAUCGUGGAGAGUUCAUAGACAAACUGCAAAGAGCGCGAGCCUCUGUGAAGAAUACAGUUCCUCAACCGAUCCUCUCGAAACCUGGACCAUCUAAACUAAUUAUAGGCAACUGGUCUCUCUCAUGUAAAAAGGAAAAAGAACUUCAAAUCCACAAUACAGAUGGUCAGCAGCAAACUACCAUACUCAGAGAAGACUUGCCUGGCUUCAUUUUCGAAUCCAAUAGGGGCACUAAACACUCAUUCACUGCUGAAACAUUUUUGGGACCUGAGUUAGCAAGCGGCUGGACUGACCGCAGGAAUGUGACUCCUCAUAACGCGGUGAAUGCAAGCCGUUCCCGAUUAGCAGCUAAAGCAGAGGCAUUGAAAGCACAGGUCUGCGAGCGAGCCCGCGCACUGUACUCGCGCCACCUGGCCAACGCGGCGACGCGCCAGCCGCGGCCGCCCGUGGCGCGCCUGCGGGCCCUGCUGGCGCGCAUGCAGCGCCUCGCCACGCAGCCCACGGAUGAUUGGCAAAACGAGUUAAACGAGUCUCUGGAUCAGUUAACCGAGUUAUUGUGCGGUGAUGAAUUACUCUCUGCCUACGAAUUGCAGUCGUCUGGACUUGCACCUUCCUUGCUGCAAGUACUUUCACCACAAGCUAAUGAUGCGGCGGGGCAGGCGGCGGCGCGCGCGCGGCUGGUGCGGUCGUGGGUGGCGCGGCGCGGCGGCGCGGCGGGCGGCGUGCUGGCACGGCUGGUGGCCGUGCUGGAGUCGGUGGAGCGCCUGCCCGUGCUGGCGCCGCCCGACGCGCCGCCGCCGGCCAGCGGCUCGCUGCACACGCUCACCAAGCGCAUACGUUUGCGUGUCGAACGUGCUAAUGAUGAAGCUACCGAAGAUACAAUGUCAAAUAACGGCAACAACGCCGGCCGUAACUUGAAAGUAGAAGCACUUACAACAGUACGACAGCUCGAGAGAUUCCUCGCUAAAUCUGUCGCCCGCCAGUGGUACGAUAUGGACAGAGCCACUUUCAAUUUCGUGCAGAAAAUAAAAGCAGAAGCACCUAUCACAUUUACUUAUGAUCACGAUUUUGACGAAAAUGGGAUUAUUUACUUCAUCGGCAGCAAUGCAGGCACUUGCGAAUGGGUUAACCCUGGUGCACAUGGCUUAGUCAGUGUUUGGUCAUCUGAUGGAAGGCAGUUACCUUAUGGUCGGGCUGAAGAUGUGUUGUCGAGGUCGCCUGAACCUUUGAACGUUCAUACCAAUGAUGACAGACGAGCUUUUAUAGCUGUAGACUUAGGUUUACAAGUUAUCCCUACUGCGUACACGAUGCGUCAUGCUCGUGGAUACGGGCGUUCGGCUCUGAGGAAUUGGCUUUUCCAAAUGUCGGCUGAUGGUGUGACAUGGACUACUCUGUUGGCUCACAACGAUGAGCAAACAUUACAAGAACCAGGUAGCACGGCUACCUGGCGCAUACGAUCCGACGCGCCAUAUCGCUUCUUAAGAAUACAACAAAAUGGGAAGAAUGCCAGUGGACAAAGCCAUUACUUGUCACUGUCCGGACUUGAGAUAUAUGGCAAGGUAUUGAGCGUGAACGAGGUGGGUCCGCGUCAGAUGGGCGGCGCUAGCUCGGCGGUGGGCGCGGCGGUGGGCGGGGCGCGCGCGCGGCGCUGGUCGCGCGGCGCGCGCGGCGUGUGCGCGGGCGCGCGCGUGCUGCGCGGCCCCGACUGGAAGUGGCGCGACCAGGACGGCCCGCACCCCGCGCUCGGCACCGUCACCUCCGACCUCCACAACGGAUGGGUCGACGUCAGGUGGGACCAUGGCGGACGUAACUCUUACCGUAUGGGCGCGGAAGGUAAAUUUGAUCUCAAAGUGGUGAGCGGUGGCGCCACUGGUGGUGAGGCCAAACAAGGUCGCAAGAGCCACUCCACUCCUAGUCUGCCCGACGCUACGGCUGUAGAUCAUCAGGUAUCGGUAGCAUCGACGGAGCAGGCGUCGUCUGCGGACAACAUCUCGAGCGAAGAGAUGGCCAGCAACAUGUCGCGGCCACGCACGCACGCCACCGACCUCUCCGCCAUCAAUAACUCUACACACCAUAUCAACACAGAUCUAGCAACAAUAGUAGAAUCUCUAACCUUGGGAGCUGAGAGCAAUAACUGCAUUGAUUUGGCCAACACGUCAUUUACAAAUAUGGAAAUGGGACCCACAAGUAUCACCGACAUUACUAAACCAUAUCCAGCCAAAGAACCAGUACCAGAAACAACUAGUCAAGAGUGUGAAGACAACGAAGGUGCCGACGGUCAGUACGGCGACCACAAGAAGGACACUCAGUCCGGCGGCUCGGGGGCCAUGAGCGCUAGUGAACCAGAUCUAACGCAACAGGGUGCCGCAAGAUUACUGGAAUCUCUUGGAGUUGGUCGUGGUUCUGGCGCAGGGCGCGGCAACAACCCGCAGCGCGCAACGAGAACUAACCACUCAACUAGUCUUUUCCCUAGUUUGGUGCGUUUAGCUCUAUCGAGCAACUUCCCAGGAGGUCUGCUAUCAGCUGCCCAGAGCUAUCCGUCGCUAGUACCAAAUGCUCAAAAUGCGCUCACACUGUCUCUGACUUCUACAUCAAGUGAAAGUGAACAGGUGUCGUUAGAGGACUUCCUGGAGUCUUGCCGAGCUCCCGCCCUUCUCACCGAGUUGGAAGAUGACGACGAGGGAGAUGACGCACUCGACAGUGAUAAGGAGAACGAACCCACUUAUCAGGAGGUAGUAUCACGGAAUCUUUUGUCGUUAAUGGAGGAAGAGGCAUUAGAAGCAGUUCGUGGCAACAGCGGCCAGGGUAGCCGCCAGCGUAAACCUUGGGAUGACGAUUUUGUGCUAAAGCGACAGUUUUCAGCGCUUAUACCGGCUUUCGAUCCUCGCCCAGGAAGAACCAAUUUGAAUCAAACCGUCGAUUUAGAAAUUCCGUUAAAUGAGUCAUCGGACGGAGAGGAGAGUAGCAGCACGGAUACAGCGGGCGCGUCGGCCGCCGCCGGCCGCCUGGCCGCCGACUUGGAAAUUCCAAGUGUCAUGCAAUCAACCAAAACAACUUCACUAAAUCACGACAAUUGCACGACAGCGCGUGUCGUGCAAAUAAUAAUUGUGCAAAAAAUUGUGCAAAAACGCGUGUGCGUCUUCCCUCCGCCCCGCGCCACUGCCGGGGGAGUUUUAUCCAGUGAAAUGCACGAUAAUCCAUCACAAAACGAAUCUGGUAAUACUGUGUCGCCUCGUCGCACGGAGGUGGAAGCGGCCGAUUUCCGCAUGGGUCGACUAAGACAUGAGCGAGUGCGGAUACCGCGCCAACCCGAUCUGUUGCGGUCAGCUAUGCAGGUGAUGCGCGUGCACGCGGGGCGCAAGUCAGUGCUGGAGGUGGAGUUCGCGGGCGAGGAGGGCACGGGGCUGGGCCCCACGCUGGAGUUCUACGCGCUCGUCGCCGCCGAGCUGCAGCGCGCCGACCUCGGCAUGUGGCUCGGCGACGCCGCGCACUCGGACCUCGACAGCGCGCCGCACCAUCUCGUCUUACCCGACGAAAAACCUCCUGGAUACUAUGUGACACGUGCAGGUGGUUUAUUCCCGUCACCCUUGCCGCAAGAUUCACCGAUCUGUGAUAAAGUUUGCAAAUAUUUCUGGUUCUUAGGAGUAUUUUUAGCUAAGGUUUUACAAGAUGGCCGACUCGUCGAUCUACCGCUCUCGGAGCCGUUCUUACGUAUCAUGUGUGGCGAAGAACUACCCAAUGAAUGCUUAGAGGAGAUCGAUCCUAUUAGGCAUCGGUUCCUGCAGAGCGUGUUGGCGGCCGCGGACGAGUACGACAGCAUCAUGCGCGACGGCACGUUGAGCGAGGAGGAGCGGUCGCGGCGCGUGGCCGCCAUCUGCGUGGAGGGCGCCACGUUCGAGCAGCUGGCGCUGAGCAUGACGCACGUGGCGGCGCACCCCGACGCGCGCGCCGCGCUGCAGCCGCUGUGCGACGGCGGCGAGCUGCUGGACGUGCGGCCGCACAACGCGCGCGCCUAGAAGGCGGCCGCGCGCUGGGCCGUGCGCGCCGGCGUGCGCCGCCAGACCAACGCCUUCCGCCGCGGCUUCGGCGCCGUGUUCCCGCCGCGCCGCCUGCGCGCCUUCUGCGCCGCCGAGCUGCGUCUGUUGCUGUGCGGGGAGCGCGGGCCCGUGUGGACCAGGGACCAUCUGUUGCAGUACACGGAGCCCAAGCUGGGCUACACGCGCGACAGUCCCGGAUUCCUUCGUCUCGUGGAUGUUCUGGUAGAGAUGUCUCUCCGCGAACGUAAAGCGUUCCUGCAGUUUGCCACGGGCUGUAGUAGCUUGCCACCAGGAGGACUUGCUAACUUGCAUCCGCGACUUACUGUAGUGCGCAAGGUCGAUGCCGGAGACGGCUCCUACCCCUCUGUGAACACUUGCGUUCACUACUUGAAAUUGCCGGAGUACUCAUGCAAAGAGGUACUUCGAGAAAGGCUCCUGGCAGCUACCAAUGAGCGCGGUUUCCAUCUCAACUAGACCACUGAAGAGCUCUGAGUCUGUUGGUGUUGCGGUGUUUGGGAAUAUGUUGAGAAUAACUUUGCACUAUUAUUACUCACGCACUCGCCUAUGAACAUGCGGAAUUAGAAAUAAUUAUCUAUUUAUUCAACAUCAGUAGCUUUUAUCCUUGACUGCUAAGCGAAACAAAACCAUAGUGCUCGCCAGACUUAUUGACCUUACUGAGUAUAAGAACUUAGUUAUUUCUAACAUAGAUAUGUAACAUUAUAGUAUGUCAGCUCAUAAUGUAGAACUGAUCUCUUGAAGCAUAUUUUUUCAAGACAUUAAUAUUUACUCUAUGGAAUAAAUAGUAUUUUAUUAUAUCAAGAUUGAUUGAUCUUAUUCAUUGAAAGAUAAAAGUGUCGUACGUCGUGAUUUUCGUUAUUAUCAUGCAAUAAUAUAUUUUAUUUUAAUAUUAUAUGUUAAAUAAUUGCAUGAAUUUCAAAUAUUAGUUUUAUAGAUUGGGGUGAAUGAAAGAAAAUGUAAGAGGCUGCCUAUUUAUGAUUGGUAUAAAAUAAUGGCAAUAUUCAAAUAAUAUAAUCUUUAAAACAUAAUAUUGCAACAUUCUAAUUAAAGUAUUCAAAAAUUAAACUAGUAUUUGAUAUUAUAAUAAUAUAAGAUAAAUAUUUUUUACACCAAUUGGUCUUUGCUUUAUAUGUAACUUGUUUUAGUAACUUUAUUUGAGUGUGUUUAAUGAUAUAUUUAUAAAGAUAGUAGGCAUCUAGCGUUUCAAGCAAAUUUUAGAUAAAUGUUUGUGUAUGGCGUGGUGAUAUUUAGUUUUAUUUUCAGAUUAUGUAAGUUGUUCCAAGACGAGUUUAGUUGAGUUUGUAGUCUGAUCAGUAAUAAAAAAAUUUCAACCAAUUAUUUUGAUUUCAGUUUGUGCUUCCAUUAUUAUUUUAUAGUACUUGUUCAUCCGAAAGCAUUAACCACAGCGUGAAAGUAAUAACCUUUUAAAGUUAAACAAUUUCAAAAACCAUUUGUAUUGGAACCAAAAAUGCUACUAUUUGGUAAUCAAAUCAUAUAUUUGUGUAACGGUUGAUACGUUAGUUUGGCACGAUUAUUUCAUUUAUAAUACAUAAACAUGUAGUUGAAACAGUAAAUCACAGUGCCUACGAUGUAAGUUGAGAUCGUUGCACCUUAUAUGUUUUUGUGAAACCAUAAUUAGGACUGAAGUAAAUUUUAACUUUACGGUGUGAAACACUAAUGCGUUUCUACGAAAGAUAUUUAGAUAUGUUCCUUUAGUUAAAUAAUAAUUUUGUCAACUGAAAGUUGGUAUAUAUUGUGAUUUAUAAUAUAAACUACUUUACGAAUUAAUAUAUUUAGUUUAAAUUCAAUAGGUAUUUAGAUUAAACUUAUUAACCGUAAUAGCAUCAUGUAGUGCUCAUGUAAUUGUUGUUGAGGAUUGUAUCAAUAAAUUAAGCAAAAAUCA